AGUCAAGUUUAUGCUACGUCAUGCUUUGACUUUGAAAUCCAUAACAGGACAGACUGGUUGUGGGAUUCCCGUACUUGACGCAUGGUCGACAAUCCGGAAGGCAAACAAGGAGCUGGGAUUUGAACGCAAUUACGUGUCACUCCUCACAUUUACACCAAUGAGAAUGUCUACGUAAAUCAGCCACAAGUCGUGGAAACAAAUACCCAAAGAGAAGAGACGCGUGGAAAGGGUCGUUUUUGAGCCCACAUUUCUGCGGUCAAACCCGCCGAAGCCAUCGGUAAAUAUGAAGGCCUUGAUCCUCGUGGGGGGUUACGGCACACGCCUGAGACCGCUCACUUUGAGCGUGCCCAAGCCGCUGGUUGACUUCUGCAACAAGCCCAUCUUGCUGCACCAGGUGGAGGCGUUGGUUAAGGCUGGUGUGAAACAUGUCGUUUUGGCGGUGAGCUACAUGUCGGAACUGCUGGAGCGAGAAAUGCGGGUCCAAGAACAGAGACUUGGAAUUCGUAUUUCGCUCUCACACGAGAAGGAACCUCUAGGAACGGCGGGUCCUCUGGCGCUGGCCCGCAAGCUGCUGGAUGUUGACAAUGAGCCCUUUUUCGUCCUCAACUCGGACGUCAUAUGUGACUUUCCCUUCCAAGAUAUGCUCAAGUUUCACUGCGACCACGGCAAGGAGGGCACUAUUGUGGUGACCCGCGUGGAAGAGCCGUCCAAGUAUGGCGUGGUGGUGUUCGAGGCGGAAAGCGGUAGGAUCCAUCGCUUCGUAGAGAAGCCACAGGUGUUCGUGUCCAACAAGAUCAACGCUGGCAUGUACAUCUUCAAUUCCACCAUGCUCGGUAGAAUCCAGUUGAGACCGACGUCCAUAGAGAAAGAGAUUUUCCCUAUCAUGGCUGAAGAAGGACAGUUGUACGCUAUGGAGCUGCAGGGUUUCUGGAUGGACAUUGGGCAACCCAAAGACUUCCUUACGGGAAUGUGCAUGUACCUGCAGUCGCUACGUCAACACGCACCUGAAAGGCUACACACCGGGCCUGGUUUCCUUGGCAACGUUUUAGUGGACCCGACGGCUCAGAUUGGCAAGAACUGCACCAUCGGGCCCAAUGUAACCAUCGGUGCUGGCGUGGUGGUGGAGGACGGCGUACGGGUCAAGCGCUGCACGGUUCUGAAGGGGGCCCGGGUACGCUCGCAUUCUUGGCUUGAGAGCUGUAUCGUCGGAUGGAGUUCCUCUGUGGGGCAGUGGGUCCGCAUGGAGAACGUGACGGUCCUGGGUGAGGACGUGCUGGUCAAUGACGAGCUCUACCUGAACGGUGCCAAUGUCCUGCCGCAUAAGUCCAUCAGCGAGUCAGUCCCUGAACCGCGCAUCAUCAUGUAAUCCCGAAAAUUGGACCUGCUUUUUCUCUGAACUACUCAACAACCGAACUGUGCCCCUGAGUCUAAAGUCGGCGGAACAAGACAAACCUUUUCUCUCUUCCUGGACACCAAUGUUUUUUUCCACCUGGAUGCCAGUGAGGACCGCGCUUCCUGAGAAAUGUUCACCUUGACCACUUGAGGGCAGCAAAACACUUGAACCUCCAUAGUCCAGCCGUGAUUUACUAUUUGUUUGUUCAUCAGAAAAUGUUGCUUUUUUUGUACAGCUGCUCUCUGAAUAAACACAACACAAACAAACACAAUGGGAGUACACUAAAUUCCCAUUUGGCAAGUUAAAACUUAAGAAGAGGAAAAAAAAUCCCGCCUCUGUUGGUUAAAUCAUUCUCUGCCAUUGACGGCACUAAUCGUCCAAUCCAUUUGAAUUGGGAGGGGCUGGCAACGAUGGAAUGCAAAAAAAAAAAAAAAAAAAAAAAAACCCUCAAAAAAUGGAAAUUUUCUCCCCAAAAUGUAAUUUUUCAAAAACAUUUGAGAACCUUCAUUUGUUUGGAGGACUGACUUUGAAUUAAUGAACGGCCCUUUCCAGUCGAAAUAAAUUGCAUGUCUCGUGCCAUCAAUGGGAACCUAUGAGUUAAUUUUAGUUUGUAGCUUUAAAAAAAUGUACCUAAUUAACUAAUUUCAUUUUGUUGCCUGUAAAGAUCUGCAUUUUGACUAUUUAUUAUUAAACUACUAAUCUAACAGUAACAGCAAUUUUGUCUAAUCCACACGUUUUUGUAUCAAAUCAAAAGAUAUUUCCUGCAUUUUCUUUUAAGAUGCCAUUAACAGCAAUAGACGUCCAAUCCAUUUGAAGUGCAGGACUGAAAGCCUCAGUUAUUUUAAGUAUUGGAUUUUGGAUUGUAAUUACUGUUAGCCAGGCUAUGACAAGUUGAUGUCGAGGGGUGGAAAUGUUUUUUUUUAGCCUGACAGUCAAUUAUGUUUUCCCCCCUGAUAACUUUAUUGGUGCAUUAUUUAAAAAAAAAAGCUCAACAAUUUAGUUUUUCUCAAUUGCUUUUGUACGUUUCUCACUUAAAAUUCUUAAAAACUACUUAUUCAAUCAUCAAAACAUUGCAUCACUAGUGAACAUCAAAAAUGCAGUUUCUCAUUUCUUUAAACAAGUUGCAGUUUUUUUUUCAUACAUCCAUGCAAAUUAUUUGUACAAUUCUCUGCUGUUUCCCACAUUAUCAGCUGCAUUUGUCAUGAUGGUCGAAAUGGAUUACCAUGGGUCUCUAUUGAAGUCUCACCACCCACUACAUGAGUCAUCAGUUCACUGCAUAAAUCUUUACAUUCAAAAUGGAUUAACAUGUCAGAAUAUGUCAACGUGUGUGCUUAUUUCUAAGCAUUUUUGUUACUUAUUUUACGUUACUUAUUCUAACCUGCCAAAAUUUGUUAACAGUUUGUGACAAUGUGAGUUUCCACUAUGCCAACAUAAUCCGGGAACGGAUUGCAACCCACAACAGAAUGGUAAUGAAAUUCCUACCAGUAUACUCCCCAUUCCUCAAUCCCAUAGAAGAAUUUUCUUCACAUGGAGAUGGCAAGUGUAUGAUCGCCAGCCUCACAAUCAGAUGACUCUCUGGAUGCCAUGAAUAUAGCAUGCAGUGACAUCGCAGCAGAUGCCUGCAAAGGCUGGAUAAGGCAUUCAAGAAGAUUCUUUCCACGCUGUGUAGCAAGAGAGGACAUCCAUUGUGACGUGAAUGGAAAUUCGUGGUCCAACAGAAGAAUGUCAAGAUGUGUAGAAAAAAUGGGGGGAAAAAAUCGCGACAGCACUCAAAGUUUAGUUCUGCCGUUUGUCUUAUGUUCACAUUUCUAAUUUUGCUUUUGUUUUUUCUUUGUGAUAUUCAGUGUUGUCUUUUGCUCUCUGCGUCGCAAUGACGUGGUCUGUCAAGAGACAUUGUAAAAAAAAGUAAAAGUGUAAACUGAAUCUUGUUCAGUCCCUUGCAAUCAAUCUCCCAGACACAAAGUUGUAACUUGCAAUUUUCAUCAAAACUUACGUAAACCCUCUUCAGCAUCAGAGCCUUCCACCAGAGCAACUGUUCAAUUAAGAGCAUGACUAAGCAAUUUGACUGUCUUGUCGGCACACAAUGAAACAAGGACUUGUCAUUCUGACAACACUGACAUGUUCAUUGACACAGAAAUGUAAUUUUAAGCGAUAGACAAAGUAUUUUGCACAGAAAACUGGCCUCUGCAUGUAAUCCAUGUUGUUUAGCUAAUUGUGCGACAUGUUGUGAGGAUUGAACAAGUAGUUUUGAAAAUUUCAAUUCUGAUCUGAGAAAUGUACCAAAGCAAUUGAGAAAAACGGUAAAUGCUUCCUUGAGUGAGUCCGCUCAAGCUGCUAAUUUACACGCAAUGAGUUGCGACAGCAACUGUUUAACAAGUUAAAUGAUGGUUGACGCAUGCGGCGCUUUGAAGUCCACUUCUCUGGCAAGUUCAAACAUUAAACAUCUGUGAGUGCACUCACUGCCUAACCAACAGAGAGCAGGUAGAGGGAUGGAGGGAGCGAGAGUGAGACUACGCAAUUGGCUCGGGACAGCUCAUCUUUAUUAUUAUUAUUUUUUUAAACUGAAAAAAAUCUGGGAUGGACUGAGGGCGCGAAGUAGCGAGGGAUCACUGUAUUGGAUUUUGGAUUGUAAUUACUGUCAGCCAGACUAUGACAAGUUGAUGUCAAGGGGUGGAAAAAUGUGUUUUUCUCAGCCUAAAAUGAAGAUCAGUCAAUUAUGUUUCUCCCCCUGAAAACUUUAUUGGUACAUUAUUUAAAAAAAAAAAAAUCGUUCACCAAUUCAACAUUAAAGAAAUUCCAAACAUGAAAUGAGAAAGGUCGUCACAAACGUCCAACACAUUCUUAAUCAAUCACUUGACUCGACUUGUGGGCUGCUGUGGUGACGUCAUUGAUGAACGACGACUUGUUCAUCCCUUGCUGUAGGAUGAAAAUAAAAAUACGUUUAACUGCUGCAGAAGGCAUCAUCUCCAACCUG